CAAUUCAGUCUAUAACAUAUGGAUUCAAUGUUAUUCUUUUCCUCUUGACUAUCCAGUUGUGUCAGUACUAUUCAUUGAAUAAUCUGUCUUCUUCCCAGUUAUAUGAAUGCUGCCCUUAUCAUUUAUUAAAUUAUUAUUUGUAUUGGGUAGGCAUUUUAUGAUUUACUUCUUCUGUUUUCCUGAUCUGUCUGGCUCUUCUGGCUAAAGACAGAAUUUUACAUUGUUUCUCCCAAAUACUAUGAUAUGAAAUGAGGUGUAGGUAUAGUUUUACAUACUAUAGUAGAAAUUAUGAGAAUAAUCACUUCAGAUUGAACAGGAAUAUACUGUUGCAGGGGUUAGUGUCGUUCAAGGAUGUAGCUGUGGAUUUCACCCAGGAGGAGUGGCAGCAACUGGACCCUGCUCAGAGGACCCUGUACAAGGAUGUGAUGCUGGAGAACUACAGCCACCUGGUCUCAAUGGGGUAUCCAGUUUCCAAACCAGAUGUCAUCUCCAAGUUGGAACAAGGAGAAGAUCCAUGGAUCAUAAAGAGAGACCUAUCAAAUUGGAUCUAUCCAGAUGGAAAUCAGGCAGAUGGGAGACAAGACAGGAAGAGUAACCUUGACAACCCCCAAUCAUGUAUUUUGGGUUCUGUUUCCUUCCAUAAUGAGAUACUGAAAGGAGUCACAAAGGAUGGUUCAUUGUACUCCAUUUUAAAAUUCUGUCAAGGUGAUGGCCAGCUGCAGAGAUAUCAGGAAAACCAAGACAAACUUUUCAGGCAAGUAACAGUCAUCAACAACAAAACAGUGACUGUGGUGUCAGACCAUAAAUAUAAUGCAUUGGGAAAAAUAUUUCAAGAGUGCAUACAGCCAGAUGUUUCAAGACAAAGACUCCAUAAGUAUGAUACAUUUAAAAAAACCUUGAAAUCUAACAUUGACCUACCUAGUUGUAAUAAGGGCAAUUCAAGAAAAAGCCCUGAUGAGAGUUUUGGAUAUGAAAAAUCAUCUAGCCAUGGUGUGUCCAAUUCUAAUCUUGAGAAAAUUCACAAUGGAGUAAUACCCUGUGAUAAUAAUCAAUGUGGGAACAUUUUCAGCAAUAAACAAUCCCUUAUUCAAUAUCAGAAUGUUGAAACUAAGGAAAAAACCUGUGUAUGUAUUACAUGUGGAAAAGCCUUUGCUAAGAAGUCACAGCUCAUUGUACAUCAACGAAUUCAUACUGGAAAGAAACCAUAUGAUUGUGGGGCAUGUGGGAAAGCCUUUAGCGAGAAAUUUCAUCUCAUUGUACAUCAGAGAACUCAUACUGGGGAGAAACCUUAUGAAUGUUCGGAAUGUGGAAAAGCCUUCUCUCAAAAAUCAUCCCUCAUUAUACAUCAGAGAGUUCACACUGGGGAAAAACCAUAUGAAUGUAGUGAAUGUGGAAAAGCCUUCUCCCAGAAAUCACCCCUCAUUAUACAUCAGAGAAUUCACACCGGAGAGAAACCUUAUGAAUGUAGAGAAUGUGGUAAGGCCUUCUCCCAGAAGUCACAGCUGAUUAUACAUCAUAGAGCUCAUACUGGAGAGAAGCCAUAUGAAUGUACUGAAUGUGGGAAAGCCUUCUGUGAGAAGUCCCACCUCAUUAUACAUAAAAGAAUUCACACUGGGGAGAAACCCUACAAAUGUGCUCAGUGUGAGGAAGCCUUCAGCAGGAAAACAGAACUCAUUACACAUCAGUUAAUUCAUACUGGGGAGAAACCUUAUGAAUGUACUGACUGUGGGAAAACCUUCUCCCGGAAGUCACAGCUCAUCAUACAUCAGAGAACACACACUGGAGAGAAACCCUAUAAAUGCAGUGAAUGUGGGAAAGCCUUCUGUCAGAAAUCACAUCUUAUUGGACAUCAGAGAAUUCACACAGGAGAAAAACCUUAUAUAUGUACUGAAUGUGGGAAAGCCUUCUCUCAGAAGUCCCACCUCCCAGGACAUCAGCGAAUUCAUACAGGAGAGAAACCUUACAUAUGUGCUGAAUGUGGAAAAGCCUUUUCCCAGAAGUCAGACCUUGUUUUACAUCAAAGAAUUCAUACUGGGGAAAGACCCUAUCAGUGUGCUGUAUGUGGGAAAGCCUUCAUCCAGAAGUCACAACUCACUGUACAUCAUAGAAUUCAUAAGAGUGUAAAAUCAUAAUUACCUGAACACAGAAAAGCCUUCAGUAUUAGCUCAAGCCUUAACAAAUACUAUAAACCUAAUUAAUUUGAUAAGUUUGUGGAAGACAUCUUUAUAGUUAAAAUUUUACAAGAAAAUUAAUGUCUGUAGUGUGGUGAUACCUAAUUCUUUCAGUAAAGAUGAUGGAAAGUAAUUAUAUAAGUGAGGGACACUUUCAAGGUGCCAUGUAAAGCUUUUAAAGUUAUGAACUGAAUGGUCAAUAGGGGAAAUUAUAUAUGUAGAAUAUUGUCAAGUUACAUGUUCCUUAUUAUACUACAUAACAAUAACCAGACAUUGUGGACUUGCUAAUAUUAGUUUGGCAUAAUUUUGACCAUACAGUAGUUCCCUAUAAAGGACAUGAAGAAAGCUUGAGUAAAAAAAAAAAAAAAUCAGUUCCUAGAAACUGCAUUAUAUAGCAUGACCCAUAAAGUUACAUGUAAAAUUCUUGUACAAAGAUGGAAAGAUAGGUUGAUCAGAUUCAAGAAAAGUGAUAUUUAUGUGUUUUCCUGUCUCAAGCUUAGUAAGUUGACUUGUAUCUCUGGAAAGAUCCUGGACCUUGAAAUUGAUGUUUCUUGACGAGGUCUCCCCUUUACUGUCUCUCAUUGGGAAUUUGGUAUGGUGGACUGACUUUGGUACUGAUCCAGAUGAUCUUAGGUUUUAAUCCUGGCUUAACUACUCACAGAUUGUGUGACUUCAGGCAAGCCUACUUCACCCAUCUGAAUAUUUUUACUUAUUGGUAAAUAAAAGUAAAAUGUAGAGCACAUUUUCAGUUAAUGUUAGUUCAUUUUAUCUUUCCUCUCUAUCCUCCUGCAACAGGAUGCUAAGACUAAUAUGUCAAAGCCAUAUCUGAAUUU